UCGCAAACGCAUCAAGACGCGCUUCUAGAACACCAGGUCGUCGUACUUCUCUUUCUUUCGCUCCAAUGGAGGCGCCGCCCUUCUCGUCUUCGUCUCAGCUCCAGCACUGUGCUCAUCCCUUAUCUCGCAUACAUGGAGCAUGGAAUCGGAGAAAACCUAACCUCCAAUCGAAGAAGCAUUUCUCGAUCCGCGCUUCUUCGGCUGGAGAUUCGACGGUUACGUUGCUGGAUUACGGCGCGGGAAAUGUCCGGAGCUUGCGGAAUGCUAUUCGGUACCUUGGGUUUGAUGUCAAGGAUGUACAAAACCCAAAAGAUAUUCUCAAUGCUAAUCGUCUGCUCUUUCCUGGGGUUGGAGCCUUUGCAGCGGCAAUGGAAGUGCUAAAUCAGAAUGGUCUUGCUGAAGCAUUAUGUACCUAUAUUGAGAAUGACCGUCCCUUUCUGGGCAUUUGUCUUGGUCUUCAGUUACUUUUUGAGUCCAGUGAUGAAAAUGGACCAGUAAAAGGACUUGGUUUAAUUCCUGGUGCUGUUGGAAGGUUCGAUUCAGCUAAUGGCCUGCAAGUGCCUCAUAUUGGCUGGAAUGCUGUUCAAAUUUCUAAAGACCCAGGAAUUCUGGAAGGCACUGAGGGUCAUCAUGUCUAUUUUGUUCAUUCAUACCGUGCUAUACCUUCGGAAGCAAAUAAAAACUGGGUGUCAUCUACUUGCAACUAUGGUGAUCAUUUUAUUUCUUCAAUUGCAAUGGGUAAUGUCCAUGCGGUUCAGUUUCACCCGGAAAAAAGUGGAGAGGUUGGGCUUUCCGUAUUGAAGAAUUUUCUUGAUCCCUCACACUCUUCAAAGACAAAGAAAUGGGUCAACAAGAAAUCAUCAAAACUUGCCAAGAGGGUAAUAGCAUGCCUUGAUGUGAGGACCAAUGAUAAAGGAGAUCUUGUAGUGACUAAAGGUGAUCAAUAUGAUGUGAGAGAACACACAGAGGAAAACGAGGUAAGAAACCUUGGCAAACCUGUGGAUCUUGCAAGGCAGUAUUAUAAGGAUGGUGCUGAUGAGGUUAGUUUCUUGAAUAUAACUGGCUUCCGUGACUUCCCCUUGGGAGAUUUGCCAAUGUUGCAGGUACUGCGCCUCACUUCAGAAAAUGUUUUUGUACCAUUGACAGUUGGUGGUGGUAUAAGGGAUUUCACUGAUGCAAAUGGGAGGUACUAUCCAAGCCUAGAAGUUGCUGCAGAAUAUUUCAGAUCUGGUGCAGAUAAGGUCUCAAUAGGAAGUGAUGCAGUUUUUGCCGCUGAAGCAUAUUUAAGAACUGGGGUUAAAACCGGAAAGAGCAGUUUAGAGCAGAUUUCAAGAGUUUAUGGAAAUCAGGCUGUGGUUGUGAGUAUUGAUCCUCGCAGAGUGUACCUUAAGGGUCCUGAUGAUGUAAAAUUCAAGACUGUAAAAGUCUCUGCCCCAGGUCCCAAUGGAGAAGAAUAUGCAUGGUACCAAUGCACGGUCAGUGGUGGACGUGAGGGUCGAGAGAUUGGAGCAUAUGAGCUUGCAAAAUCUGUUGAGGAGCUUGGGGCUGGAGAAAUACUGCUUAAUUGCAUUGAUUGUGAUGGGCAGGGCAAAGGAUUUGAUAUAGACCUAAUCAAGCUUGUAUCUGAAGCGGUUACUAUCCCUGUAAUUGCAAGCAGUGGUGCCGGCAUUGUUGAGCAUUUCUCUGAUGUUUUUCAGAAAACUAGUGCUUCAGCUGCCCUUGCUGCUGGCAUUUUCCACCGCAAAGAGGUACCCAUAAAGUGUGUGAAAGAGCAUUUGUUAGAAGAAGGGAUUGAGGUCAGAUUGUAACAGGAAUAACUCUAAUUAUAGCUUGUACUAAAUAUAGCUUGUACUGGGAGUUACUAGCAUUACCUUACCUCCAGGAACCAUAUGCUUAAUUAGGGAUUUAUGCAUCCUUUCUGUAAGAAGAAAUCCAGCGUAUUUGGUUAUUUUCUUCUUAAUGUAUUCUCAUGGCUAUCAAAGUGCUGGAUAUUCGAACCAUAAUUGACUGCUACUCUGAAUUAUAACUAGAGUUUAUGUAUGAGAUCAUCAUGGAGAAAGUCCAUAAGGAAUAAUUUAUUUUAA